UUAUAGAUGUUUGGUUAUCUUUAUAAACUAAAAGUGAAGGGAAAUUAACACAGUACUUACAACAGAUCAAAUCUAAAUUAAAGAGAAGAACAGAAAUGGCGAAUGAAUGUGGUGGUAUCGGGGCGGGUUCGAUCUUGGCGAUUGUAGUCGUAGCGAUGAUGUUACUGUUCGUUCCUUUGAUGAUUGGACCGGUGGCUCCACCAACUCCUCCACUUAUCUUGGUGUUUCCGAUCGUCUUGCUCUUUGUGUUUCUCUAUCUUCAUUUUACUUCCAAGUGAAAUCUCUUUUUUCUUCAAUGAUUAUUAUGUAGUAUCCGUAUAUAUGUAUUUUCCAGAUUACAAUUUACAACGAUCUGUGUUUCUGACUCUACAUCUAUAAAUCCAAGAGCAUAUUUCCCAUUUGCAAAUUGUUCGUUAAUUAAUAUAUACAUGCGUUCCUUGUCUUUGGCCUCAAACGAAAUUUAUUUUUUCGCCCUUAUCUUUUCUUUUAUUAUUAGACAAGGCUUCAACUUAUAUUGCAUGUUUUACACUAGCACAAGGAGACAAAAAUAGAGUUUCAACAUCUUUAUUUUGUUUCUCUAUCUCCAUUUUACUUCCAAGUGAAGUAUUGCGCCCUUUUCAUGAUUGUUAAUGUAAUAGUAUUAAAUACGUAUAUUAUAACAUUAAUAUAUAUAUGCUUUGUUUAUACAAUUAUUAGUGUAUAUGAUCGAUGAUACAUAUCUUUUUCAAAAUGAUGAUUAAUCAUAUGUAUGUUUUAUGGAUUUGAGAGUUAACAAGUAGAUAUAUAUUGGUUUGCUUACAUAAUUCCGACACCCAUUUAUCUUUUCUUGCAACCUUUACUAUUUAUAUUCAAAGAAACAGAAUGUUUAUUAUCUUUCUCGCAUACCAGCAAAAGGGAGGUUACCAAUACUGACAGCGUGGAACAUAUAUACGCGAUAAAACCACGUUAAUGUAAUUUUGUACAGCUCCCAAGGGAGAAAAUUAAUCACCAUUAUGCCUUAUGGCAGUGUCUCCCAGCCCCCAGGCUCGAAAUGGUUAAGCAUCUAUAAAAGAAAGAGGAUGCAGUGAGUUUGCCCGAGAUGAACAUGUUGGGACAGGAUGAUACGACCAUUGAGUCUAGUUUUCAUAGAUAAUCUCGCUAACCGUUCGGUUAAAAGUAUUAUAAAUCAUUCGGAGUUUACUUCACUUGAUAAAAGGAUGAUGGCUUGGUUUUACCAAUGGUAGCAUUAUGUGUGGUGGGAACAGUUCAUCAAAAUAUUAAGUAUUGGCCGGAUUUCCUUUGCAAUUUUUUACAAAAACUUUAUUCUGUAAAUUUAUACAGCUAAAAAAAGAGAACUAUAAAGUUCCGAAGUUGUUUAAAAGAGCUGUGAAGUUGCAUCUGUGGAAGCUUCUAUUGGAAUUUAAUAAGGUGGAGGACCAUACUAAAAGCAACCCCAAUGGUGGUUCUCAACCUACAAAUAUAUGCAUUUUCAGGACUUUAGAUUCAAAAUCACCACUAGGGAUGUAACUAAGUUUACAAUAUCUCAUACGAAUGUAUUAAAAAGAUCAUAGGUCCAUAAACCAUUUCUGGAAGAUUCAAAAUGUAAGUGAAUGUCUUAGCAAGACAAGUACCAACAAAAGAUAAAAAGUAGAUAAGAAG